AUGUGGGGGAACAACACUGAAGAGUCAAUACUGGAAGAAAAAAAUGUCAAUACUUCAUUAAACACAUUCGGUGACAGUAAGUCAUUUAAAUGUGGACAAAAUUGCAUACCCCUUAUGGUUGCACAUCUCCAGAGAUAUCACGACAACAUCCAAGUUUGGGGGAUGCCAGCGAGGCUUAUGACCCUUGUGGUGAUACUUCGCCGGAUUGAAAAUCUUAGUACAAAGGUUUCGUUUCUUCUUGAAGAUGAGACAGGCACCAUUCAAGGAAUUAAAUGGCUGGAUGGAGAAUGCAGGUCAAUGUUCCAGUGUCCAGUUGCACUUGAUUCUUAUGCCAGAAUAUACGGCUACGUACGCCAUCAACACAAUGAAACGCAUGUGCUCGUAAUGAAUAUCCAGCCUAUAGAACAUUUAAAUGAACUUUUGGCUCACCUGAUGGAAGUGACUAUGAUUAGUCUUGCGGGUGAAAAGAUGCUAGACCAAGUCCAAAAUGUAGCUGUUGGCAAUACAUUUGCGAGCCAUUCUGAAAAUUUGGCCAAUGCAAGUAAUGAGGCAAUUAAUAUCCAUGCUGGCCUGAGUACUGAACAAAUACUCAUCUUUGAUAUCGUUAAGAAAAAUAGUGAUCAAGAGUAUGGAGCCGAUAGAAAAGAAAUAAAAUCGAAAGCGCCUCAUUACUUGCUAGACAAAGUUGAUCAAAUCUUGGAAUUCUUAUCGAGUGAAGGACAUGUGUAUACCACCCAAACAGAUGACUAUUUCAAAGCCAUUUGA